UUCUCUUUGGUUUCCUCUCCGUUGCUUCUUCUGCGGUUUUCUACCAAAUAAUUUAUUUCUCCUUCUCUCUAAAGCUCUCCAAGACUUCUCUCUUGAUUUUUUUCUUGUUUUCAACGAUAUUGCUCUUGCAUUGCUGAUCCGAGCAUCAUUCUCCAGCCAUUCUCUCUUCCUUAUCUUACUGACUUUUUUUUUUUGUCUCAAUGGGCAGCUUUCCUAGUUUUUGACAAAUGGGCAUUAUAUGAAGCAAAUGGGAAUGAGAAGUAUCACCUUUCAUUGGUUAUUUACACUAUGUACCUCUGUGUCUCUGAUUCUGGGACACUUUUUGUGGAUUCCACUGGUUAUUUUUAGAUGAGAUUAGCUGCAGCAGCUUGUUUUUAAGCAUGUUGUUAAUUCUUUGGUUGAUGUUUAAUCACUCCGACAAUGAAAAGUGGGUUUUUGACAAUAUCUUACAUUUCAUGCUACACUUUAGCACUAAUUUGCAUCGGCAGGCAUGUGACAGACACUGUGUUACCAGUGUGAAAACCUCUGUUCAGGAGGUUGCUGCAAAUCCAUUGAUAAAGUGAUUGACCAUUUGGUACAAAUCUAAUGAUGGAAAGGUAUAAAAUUUUGAAAGAGCUUGGGGAUGGAACUUGUGGUCGCGUAUAUAAGGCAGUUAAUAUGGAGACGUAUGAGAUUGUUGCCGUCAAGAAAAUGAAAAGAAAGUUUUAUUUUUGGGAAGAUUGUAUGAGUCUACGAGAACUUAAGGCCCUCCGUAAGUUGAAACAUCCAAAUAUCAUAAUGUUAAAGGAGGUUGUCAGGGAAAACAAUGAGCUGUUCUUUAUAUUUGAAUACAUGGAAUAUAAUUUGUACCAAAUAAUGAAAGAACGACGGAGACAUUUUUCAGAGGAAGAGAUACGGAGAUUUAUGUCUCAGGUGCUGCAAGGACUUGCACACAUGCAUAAAAAUGGCUAUUUUCAUCGAGACUUGAAACCUGAGAACUUGUUGGUGACAAAUGAUGUUAUCAAAAUUGCUGACUUUGGACUGGCUAGGGAAGUAUCAUUAACGCCUCCUUACACUGAUUAUGUUUCUACACGGUGGUAUCGGGCACCGGAAGUUCUGCUGCAAUCCUCGAUGUACACUCCUGCAAUUGACAUGUGGGCAGUUGGAGCAAUAUUGGCUGAGCUUUUCACCUUAUUCCCUAUUUUCCCUGGUGAAAGUGAAAUAGAUCAGUUUUACAAGAUUUGCUGUGUUCGUGGUACUCCAGAUUGGAGGGCAUUUCCACAAGCGAUGAAUGUUUCACAGUUAGUCAAUAUUACUUAUUCAGAGAUUUUGCCUGCUAACCUUUCAGAUAUCAUUCCCAAUGCCAGCUUAGAAGCAAUUGACUUGAUCAUGAAAUUGUGUUCGUGGGACCCACUAAGAAGGCCAACUGCAGAACAGUCUUUACAGCAUCCAUUUUUCCAUGUGGGCACUUGGGUUCCUUAUCCACUCCGAGAUCCACUCCAGCUGAAGCCAAAUGCUACAAGAGUAGAGCCAAAUCUUGAGCUGAAUCUAUGGAAUUUUGACCCAAAAACGGACGACUGUUUUCUUGGCUUGACUCUGGCCGUGAAGCCUAGUAUUUCCAACUUGGAAAUGGUUCGCAAGGUAUCUGAAGGUACAAGAGAGGAUAUGCUGUUUUGCUCUGGUUUUCAGGGGCAUUUGGGACAGUCAGCUUUUUGGUCACUUCUUUCUCCUGAUAGAAAUGAAACUGACAUGCCACUCAGGCUUGCCUUGUCAUUACCAUUUAGUGAUGGGGUUUGGCGGGGCCUCGGGGCAGUGCCCCCGACGGGGUUCGACCUACCCGGUUAGGUCUCAGGGGUCCAGUUCAAUUCAGCAUCCCUCUGUUGGAGUCCCACAGUCAGCAGGGUUCACCGUGACAUCUUUGCAGCCUAAUAUGUUGGACCAUUCAUAUUAGGCGUGUCCCCUCCUGACAUGGUCAUUGCUGAGAAUGAAUUGUUGAUUGGUGGUGUGAUCUGGCCUAGUUUUGAAGGUUGUCGAGUCGAGAUGUAAUUAUUUUAUUUUUUUUGUGUAUUAGUUUUUCUACUGUCCAACAGUUGUGCUUCUAUAGCAGCCAUAAAACAACACGUGGAAUUACCAAAUAAAUAAUUCUGGAAUAUCCAUCUCUUUCUGCAUUUGGUUGGUCCCAGACUGAUAGUAGAAAUGCAUUCUUCCGCUGAAAAGAAGCCAUUCUUGUAGAGAAUAUCUUGCUUUACCAAAUCAUAUUCCUACUGCCGCUGUGACAUUGUAACUCUUCUUAUUAUUACUUGCACAGGGAAUACAUUGCUUUUACCA